CAAAAUAGCAAUAGUGAAUAGCCCGCCCUUUUUUUUCCACGUCACCAACCACAAGCCAAUCCCUUCUUUAUUUCCCACAAGCCCUUCUUUCUUUCCCACGAGUCCACCUUGUUGCUUACUCUGCCGACAACACCAAGCUCCAUCUUUGCCCUAGUAUUCUUUCUUUCGUUAUUUCUGUUGAGGAGGCCGGAUCAUUUACCCCAUCGCCGCUUGAAGUUCUCUCUCCUAUCUCUGCCUCGCUUAAAGUUCUCUCUCCUUUCUGUGCCUCACUUGAAGUUCUAUCUCAAAUCUCUGCCUCGCUUGAAGUUAUAUCUCAAAUCUCUGCCUCGCUUGAAGUUCUAUCUCAAAUCUCUACCUCGCUUGAAGUUCUCUCUCCUAUCUAUCUCCAUCUCUGCUUGAAGUUCUGGUUCGAUAGUGAAAGGAAAGUUUUGGUUCGCUUGAAUUUCUACCUAGACCAAUACUGCUAUUUGUUCAAUCCUCUCUUUACUCUCUAGAACCGAGGAUCCAGAGUUACCUUCAUUCUUCAGUAUGCAGUUUGAUGGUGAAUUGUUGCACUGAUUCCAAUCUGAACGAUAAUUUUUAACUUCCAAGACUGAAGAACUUAAGGCCUCAACUUUAUUCUGCUGCUGAGUACUGUGAGAAGUCUUAUCUCCACAGUGAAUAGAAAGAGAUUUUAUAGAGGAAGAACAUGCUGCAAACGCCGUUAAGUAUCUGACUCAAAGAUUUUAUGCUGGUUCCUAUUGAAUAAUUAGGAAAAUAGUGAUGGAUAAAGAAUGGAUGCACAUCUCUUACAGGUUAUUAUAUGUAGUGGAAUGUGUUUAUAAAAGUUAAAUCUUUUACACUAAUUUUAUAUUUAAUUAAAAGUUAAAGCUUUAAUUUUAUAGAGUUGAUCCAAAGUAUAUAGAAGGAGCACGAAGGUUUGCCGAUUGGGCUCAAGAGAAUGCGGGGCAUCCAGACAAGAUUCUAUGCCCUUGUAAUGAAUGUCGAAAUUCAGUACACCAACACUUUGACACAGUAUAUGGUCAUGUAGUGGAACAUGGAAUGGAUCCAACAUACACGACUUGGUACUUUCAUAGGGAAUAUCCGAGUGAAUCUCCCUAACAUGGAAAUGAUGGAAAUGAUGUUGAAAUGCCAGAGACAUAUGAGAUGUAUAGAGAUGUUUUCUAUGAUGAUGACAAUGAUGGUGUUUCGGAUCUUAACUAUGAAACAAGAGAGGCUGAGUUUCAGAAGGCAUUGGAAAAUGCUGAGACCCCUUUAUAUCCUGAAUGCACAAAGUAUACAAUUAUGUCUACAAUUGUUGCCUUAUAUAAGCACAAAGCAAUAUAAUUUAUCGGAUACAUGUUUUGACGGGUUUCUUAAAACUUUUGGGGAUAUGCUUCCUGAUAAUAACAAACUUCCUGAGAGCUUUUAUGAAACCAAGAAAAUUUUGAAGACAUUUGAUUUAGGAUAUGAGAAAAUAGAUGCCUGUAAGAACGACUAUUAUUUGUUUACAAAAGAGAAUAAACACAUGAAUGGAUGCCCAAAAUGUGGUGCUUCGCGGUGGAAGGAGAAUGAACGCCCUAAGAAAGUUCAAGAUGGUGUCCCAGCUAAGGUGUUACGGUACUUUCCAAUAGUACCAAGGUUUAGAAGAAUGUUUUGGUCCCCUGAAAUAGCAGAACAAGUAAUGUGGCAUUCAACUCAUAGAAGUCGAGAUAGGAAGAUGCGACAUCCGGUUGACACUCCUGCAUGGCAUGAGAUAGAUAAAGCAUGGCCUUCUUUUGCAUCAGAUUCACGGAAUUUGAGACUUGGCCUUUCAACUGAUGGAUUUAAUCCAUUUGGUAACCUUAGUUCAGCAUAUAGUUGUUGGCCAGUGAUGUUGGUGGUUUAUAAUUUUUCACCAUUAGUACUCAUGUCUAAAGAAAAUAUGAUGUUGAUAUUACUAAUCCCAGGGCCAAAGCAACCGGGGAAUGAUUUAGAUGUGUAUUUGGAGCCACUUAUAGAUGAUUUGAAAGAGCUAUGGGAUAAAGGCAUGGAAAUUUAUGAUGCAUUUGCAAAGUCAAAAUUUAAUUUGAAGGCAAUCUUGAUGUGGACAAUAAGUGACCUUCCAGCUUAUAGUAACCUUUCUGGUCAUGUAACAAAGGGUAAAAAAGCUUGUCCAAUAUGUAGUGAUGACACAUGCUCAAAUAGAUUGAAUUAUUGUACUAAGACUAUUUACUUGGGUCAUCGCCGAUUUCUGUCUCUUACUCAUCAGUUUCGGAAAAAGAGGAUUUGGUUUGAUGGGAGUGAAGAACACAGGUGGAGGCCUAAAAUAUUGUCUGGGACUGAAAUUUUUCAUGCUGUGAAAAAUAUUAAAAAUGAUUGGGGCAAAAAAAGAAAGAUAAAACUAGGUGUCAAGCAAAUAGGUGGAAAGAGAAAACAAAAGUAAAAAAACGGGAAUUGUGGCGUGGAAGAAAAAAUCUAUAUUUUUUGACUUACCUUAUUGGGAGGUAAGUAAUUGUAAUAGUAAUUUGUUUCAUUAUUUUAAUUUAUAUUGUAGUUCAUAAUAUGUCCUAAAAAAAACUUAUUUAUCUUUAUUUGUUUUUAGGUAUUACUCAUUCGUCAUAAUUUAGAUGUAAUGCAUAUUGAAAAAAAUGUUUGUGAGAGUAUUAUUGGGACCUUAUUGAACAUAAAAGGAAAAUCAAAGGAUGGACUCAAGUCUCAAAUGGAUUUGAAGGGAAUGGGUAUUAGGGGAGAUUUGCACCCACAAGAGUCAAAAGGGAAACAUUACUUGCCACCAGCACCUCAUACACUAAAGAAGGAAGAAAAACAGCUUUUUUGUAAGCGAUUACAACAAUUAAAACUACCGGAUGGCUACAGUUCAAAUAUCGGGACACAUAUAUCAUUGGAUGAAUGCAAGUUUACUGGCUUGAAGUCUCAUGAUUAUCAUGUCCUAAUGCAACAACUACUACCGGUAGCGUUACGAGAUAUUCUACCAAAGGGUCCAAGGAAUGCCAUAUUUCGACUAUGUGCAUAUUUUAAUGAAGUAUGUCAAAUGGUGAUUGAUAAGAACUCAUUGGAAAAACAAGAAAAGGAAAUUGCCGAGACUCUGUGUAUGCUUGAAAGAUAUUUUCCUCCAUCCUUUUUUGACAUUAUGAUUCACUUGACUAUUCAUAUUGCACGCGAAGCUCGUAUUUGUGGACCAGUAAAAUUUCGUUGGAUGUAUCCAUUUGAGAGGAUGAUGAAGGUUUAUAAAGGAUAUGUUAGAAAUAAAGUGAGAGCUGAAGGAUGCAUAGCUGAGGGCUAUUUGGCUAAAGAGUGUGUGCGGUUUUGUAGUGAACACAUCAAACAAGCUUCUGAAAUAGGGGUGAGACAUUCACAAAAUGAGGAUUUUGAAGGCGAAACAACAGUAGAUGGCCGUCCAAUUUCGAAAGGGAUCCCGAAAAUGAUGUCAAAUGACAUGUUAGAGAUUGCUCACCGUUAUGUCUUGUUCAAUUAUGCCGAGGUGGAGCCGUAUAUAGAAAAACAUUUGGAGGAGCUUAAGCAUAUGGACAGGCGUCUCAUAAAGAAUGAAAGUGCGUUACAAAAGAAACAUAUGGAGACUUUCUGUUCGUGGUUUGCAAAAGUAAUUGAUGCAGCUGGUAGUGAUGUGUCUGAUACAAUUAUGUAUCUUGCAAAUGGGCCUAGAAGAGAAGUCACUUCACAUUCUGGAUAUAUUGUUAAUGGACAACAAUUUCACACUAAGAAUGUGGAGAGAAGCACACAAGACAGUGGUGUUUCGAUUGAAGUGGAAACAAUAUGUCAAUCCAGUGCAAGAGACACAAAUCAAGUUGUUGGAAAAGUAUCUUACUAUGGUGUUUUAAAAGAUAUUCUUUUAUUAGAUUACUACACAUUUAAAGUUCCAAUAUUUGAUUGUGAAUGGGCAAACAUUAGAAAUGGCAUCAAAGUUGAAGAUGGAUUUGUAUUGGUUAACCUUCAUGAAGGUCAAAGUCAGUUUCGAAGAGAUCCCUUUAUUCUUGCUUCAUAGGCUAAGCAAGUUUUUUAUUCAAGGGACAAAGAAACAUCCAAUUGGUAUGUUGUACUUAAAGCACCACCAAGAGGUUUUAAUGAGUUGGAGUCUUUUGAAGAAAAUAGUUAUACGUCUUCUAUGCCACUAGAUGUAUCAAGAUUGGGCUCAAACAAUGAUGAUGGGGAUGAACAUUAUGUGCGGUUGGAUUGUGAAGGCAUGACUGUGUAAUUCACAGGUCAUUCUCAUUAUAAGAGCAGGGGAGGAGGAAAUUGAAGAGGGAAAAAGAUAGCUAAAUUUCAGCAUGCGUGGUCCCACAAAAGUGUUGUCCAUAAAGUCCUCCAAAAUGGCUCCAAAAAAAGGAAGAAGGGAGCGAAAUGCUACUGUGACUACAUUAAGGAAUCAAGGAAAUGAGGGGAUUAGUAUAUCAGAGCGAGAUUUAAACUCUCCCCACACACAGUUGGGUGGACAAUCUGGAGGUUCUCCUGGACUUCCACUCGAUCAUGAUAGUGGAAGUUCCUUUGCAAAUAAGGCUGCAACAAAUACCUCUACUGGCAAGGGUACUCAUAAAGGUAGAGGUCAGGCAAAAUUAAUAGUCGUUGAUUCACCACUUCCUAUUCAAUUCAAUGAAAGAGGGCAGCCAGUUGGUUCGAAUAGCGAAAAUUUUUCUAGUAGCUAUGGAGUACUAGCACGAGAGAAUGUACCAAUCUCAUGUCAAGACUAGAAAAAAGCUUCAAAAGAUAAACAACGUCUCCUAUGGGUAGCUAUAAAGAAACUAUUUGAAGUGCCUGAUUGUCAUAGAAAAUCAACUUUUCAAAGCAUGGGAAAGAGUUGGAGUGAUUACAAAUCAUGCCUUACCAAUGAUAUAAUUGAAGCGGAAGGUGACACAGAAGUCAUUAACUCAUUGAGACUUGGCAAUAUAAAAUCAAUUGAAGAGUGGCAACAGUUCGUCAGUGAUCGACUCUCUGAUAACCACAAUGCAAAGAGACAAAAAUUUCAAGACUUGCGAAGUAUGCAAAAGUUACCACACACAACAAGUCGUCGGGGGUAUGCUCGUCUAGAGCAUAAAAUG